AUGUGGUUCCCGAUUCGCUCCGCCGUCAGUUCCGUUCGAGUGAUAGCCAUCACAUUCGUGGCCUCCUCCAUGUCUUCGAGUCUCGUUGAGGAGUUAGGCUUCUUCCCCGAGCCGCACGUUGUCGAGGACUGCAAUCGCGCCGAGUGUAAGAACUGCAGCGACGACUUGGGUUUCGGCGUCGACUCAACCAGCUCAUGUAACUUGAGCAUCUCCGACGACUCCGUCUCUGAUCAUGUCCAGCGGUACGCUGAGGACUUCGGCUGUAGCGGCAACGCGAAGAGCGCCAAGACAAACUUGAGACGCGCCAGCGACUUUUAUGGGGUCGUACAGAAGAGAUCUGGUGCCUUGGGCUAUAUCCACGGAGAGAAGUGUACCGACGACUUGUACUGCGGUCGCCACCGCGAGUGCGCCGCCGACUUGGGCUUGGACUGCAACCGCAACCAUAACUCCGCCCGCGACGUGGGCUUGGGCUACGACCGCGACCACGGCCAUGACUGCGCCGACAACUCGGACUGUGCUCGCGACCGGACGAGUGACGACGACGUGAGCUGCGGCCACGACCAGCAGAGUCGUGAUGGCGUGGACCGUUGCUGUGGUCGUCGACACGCCAGCGGCUUGGACUGCGGCAGGAACGAGACUUACUCCAGCGACGUCGCGAAGAUGAGACGCCCUGAGAGCUUGGGUUUCGCAUGCGUUCGGUGCUGUGCCGAGAUCUCUGGUGCCUUUGACUGCACGGAGAAGGAGUCUGCCAGUGGCAUCCCCGAAUACGCUUCGUCUGAUGUUGAGGCUGUGUGGGCGUACGGUGGCCAGGAGUACGGCUUCAUGUCAGUGGAGGCGUCAGAGGAGUGGCUGAAGUUGCAGUACCACACAGCCGACGACUCGUGGUCUUUUGCGGAGAGUUUCAACUCAACCGAGAUUGGAGGACAGCGACAUCUCGGUGUCAAAAUGAUGUCCAAGAAAGCCCAGCUUGUCGGCGUGGUGCUGGUCCUCGCCAUAAUCGGCGCCAUUGUCGGCGUCAUGGUGGUGCGCAAGGCCAGCAGCUCUGCCAGCGAGUCAUCGGGGACUGCUUCCUCUGGCUCAGGUGCCGGUGUGUCUAGUAGCGACAACGACAGCACGACCACCGGCUCGACCGGUGGCAAAAGCUCCGUGUCGAAGAAGAAGAAGAAGACAACUUCGGGCUCCGGCUCAAGUACCGGCUCAAUUACAUCCGAUCCGACUUCCGCCAAAUACACUCUUUCGGCCUUUGCAAUUGGUGACUGGGGUACCACUGUCACGCAAGACUCGUGUUGUACACGUUCGUCGACCUACAACGACUAUGAUGUCAAUGCCGAGGACAUUGUGGCUAAUCUGAUGGACCAACAGGUCUCUGCUGCAUCGGCACCCCCUAAGUGUGUUCUCAGCCACGGUGACAACUUCUACUGGACAGGUAUCGACAGCGAAGGUAGUCGUGAUUCCCGUUUCACUGCCACUUUUGAAAAGAAAUACGGAGGUGACAAUAUCAAGAAUGUUCCAUGGGUCAACGUGCUGGGUAACCACGACUACGGUGGCGCCAGUUACAUCUGUGCGGAUGACAAGGGCCUCGCCGCAUGUUCCUCGGCUGAGGAGUUGGUUAAAGCACUGUCGAAUAAGUUCCAAUGGCAGUCGGACUACACGAGUCCGAACGACAACCGUUGGAUUCUGAAGGACCAUUUCUAUGUGUACUCGAUUGAGGACAAGGACUCAGGUGUGAGCAUUGAUAUUUUCAAUGUGGACGCAGGUGAUGCCAGUACCCACGGAGCGCAACAGACGUGUUGCCAGUGCUAUGGCUACGCAGAAGGUAGCGACAAGAAAUGCAAGAAUGUCGCUCGUGGAGACAAACUCUGCAGCGGUGGCGACACUGAGAUGUUUGAUGCUUGCUUUGACAAGUUCGCCGAGUGGGGUGAUGACUCGCGUAAGCAGCUGGCCAAGGAGGUAGCAGCUUCGAAAGCCACGUGGAAGAUCGUUAACAGCCACUAUUCGCCAUAUGCUCACUACGAUGAAGCGGGUAUGAAGAAGUGGUUCGACGUUCUGCAAGACUCGGGUGUUCAGCUCUGGAUGAAUGGGCAUACUCACGGUGAAAACCACGACUACUCGUCGGGCUAUUCCAUUCACUUCGUGAACAACGGUGCUGGUGGUGGUAUCCAGAAGGAAUCGGCCAGUGGUAUCCCCGAGUAUGCUGCGGGUGAUGUGGAGGCCCUUUGGGCGUACGGUGGCCACGAAUAUGGCUUCAUGUCCGUCGAGGCAUCGGAGGAAUGGCUAAAGCUGCAGUACCAUACGGCGGAUGAUUCGUGGACGUUCGCGGAGAGCUUCAAGUCGACGAAGGCUGGUGGUGUGGCGACCAAGCACUGCUGGUACAUCCCUCUUGAUGGUGGCGAAGGCAAAGAGUGUUAAGAACACUGUGGCCGAGUCGGCAACUAUUGUACUAAGUUUACAUGUAGAUCGCGAUGUCGUAAAAUCUAUUUUGAUGAAACAAUGAGUUUGCUCCGAAA